UUCAUAAUGAUAAUCAUUAUUCAUAAGUUCUGUUAACACUCUUUACCACAUACAUAAUUAUUACAACAACAAAAAACUAUGGCCACUUCCACAAAGGAUGAAAUAAAAACUCUGGAAUACUCAACCCUCAAAGUCCCCUAUGAACUCCUAAACAAGAAGUUUCGCUCAGUCCAGAAGAUCCUAGACCGUGAGAUCACCGUCACCACCUCUGACUGCUCCACCCUCCUGAGUCAACCAACAGUUACAGGACAAGAAGUGGACGCUCUGUUGUUGGGCGUGAGUGGUAAACUGGUCUCCCUCAAGAGGAAGGCAGAGGAGGCAGUAAAGGAGGAGGUUGAGUGUGUGCAGGCAUGCAAGACACGUCUGGAACAUCUCAAGGCCUAUGCUUCAGGUGAUCAGAGUGACGUUGCUAAGAGUGUGUGGGCGAAGAGUCGUGAGGACCGCAUCUUAGUGGACCACCUCCUGAGACAGGGACACUACUCAGCUGCUCUUAGGCUGGCUCAGAGCUCUGGUACUGAGCAUCUGGUGGACACUGAGAUCUUCCUAGUGUGUCAGAGUGUAGAGGAGGGGCUAAAGAGACGGGACACUGGACCAUGCUUGGAUUACUGUCACGAGCAUCGCUCAAAGCUGCGACGAAUCAAGAGUCAGUUGGAAUUUCAAGUUCGACUUCAGGACUUUAUUGAAUUAGUGAGAAGCGAGAAACGAGUAGAAGCCAUCAAAUAUGCAAGGAAACAUUUUGGCAGUGCAGGCAAUGAACAGUUUCUGAGGGAGAUACAGAUGGCCAUGGGACUCUUGGCUUUCUCACCAGCUACCAAGUGCAAACGCUAUCAGAAACUGUUCUCCAUGUCUCGUUGGAGUGAACUGAUUGUUUUGUUCCGUCAAGAGAACUUCAACCUCUUUCAACUGAGUCCCCACUCUAUUCUUACCAGUGUCCUGCAGGCUGGCCUCUCAGCACUCAAGACACCACAAUGCUACAAGACAGAAGAGUUCAACUCUCAGUGUCCAGUCUGUUCCAAGUCCUUCAAUGAGUUGGCCAAGUCCCUGCCCUUUGCCCACUGCUCCCAGUCCUACCUCACCUGUAACCUGUCAGGCCAGCCCAUGAAUGAGCACAACCCUCCACUCAUGCUGCCCAAUGGAUACGUCUAUGGAGAAAAGGCUUUGAAGGACAUGGGUCUACAGAAUGACGGAGAGGUCACUUGCCCACGCACCAAGAAGACUUUCAAGUUCUCAGAUGCCAAGAAAGUGUAUGUCAUGUAGCACAGACUUCAAUCAUCAAACUGCCAUCGAACGUUAAUAAUUAUACAAUCAUGAUAUUAUGUUAUUAAUGACAAUCUAUGUAUAUCAUACGUACUUGUACUGUCUUUAAAAAUUUGAUAAAAUUUAAGAAAUGUUGUUAUAAUUAUAAUGAUACUGACAAUGAUAAUGAUA